AUGGCAGGAGGAAGCGCGGAAAAAUCUGACAAGGGAGAGGAUAGCGCUGACUAUGAAGCCUACAUGCCUAAUAUCCCGAAGAGAGCGCAUCCAUUCAACCUGAGAAACGAAACGACAAUUGCUCUCAAACUCUGGAAGGCUGACAGGGAGUCUUCGCUCUAUAUCAGGGAGAGGUCAAAGACGUUCAUGGAUAGGCUGAAACAGAAAAUGUUGGGCUCCGAGGAGGCGCAGAGGAAGAGGAAACAGAAGAAGUCGCGAUCCCGAUCGAGGAAGAGUCGUCGUGGAGGAGGCGGUGGAUUUGGUGGUAGAGGGGGAGGCCGAGGCAGUGCUGCUGGAGGUAGAGGCGGAUUUGGUGGCGGUGGAGGAGGCCGUGGCGGUAGAGGAGGUGGAUUUGGUGCUGGCGGAGGAGGCCGAGGCGGUGGUGGUGGAGGACGUGGAGGUGGUUUCGGUCAUUUACCUCAUCCGGGUGGGUUUGGUCCGCCCCAUGGCUAUGGACCACCUCAUGGUUACGGCGCUUAUGGAGGAGGUGGCGGUUUUGGAGCUGGUGGAUUUGGUGGUGGUGGAGGCUUUGGAAGUUUUGGAGGAUUUGGAGGGGGCGUUCCAAAUUAUGGAGGAGGAGGUGGUGGUGAUUUUGCAAAUCGAGGUCCAAGACGGAUGGAUGAUGCUGGGAAGAAGCUUCGACCUAUAGAAUGGGAUCAUUCUCAACUUCCUCCCAUCAAGAAAAAUUUAUAUCGUGAGCAUGCUUCUAUUACUCGGCGUGAACAAUCAGAAAUUCUUGAAUGGCUUAGAACCACUGAAGUCACUCUUGAGGGUGAUAACAUUCCUCGUCCGAUAUCCGAGUUUCAUGAGAGCGGGUUUCCACAAGAGAUAAUUGACCUUCUUUGUGCCCAUUAUCAUCGACCUACAACGAUUCAAAGCAUUUCUUGGCCCGUAGCUCUCAGUGGCCGUGAUAUGAUUUCAAUUGCAAAGACUGGUUCUGGCAAAACACUUGGCUUUAUUUUACCAGCUAUUGUGCAUACAUUGAAUCAGCUUCCUCGUCGUCCAAAUGAAGGGCCAACUGUUCUUGUUCUUUUACCCACUCGUGAGUUGGCUGUUCAAGUUGAAGAAGUUGCUCGUGAAUAUUGCCGUAUAAUGCACCUUGAAAUUAAUUGCUGUUAUGGCGGAGCAGCUAAGCAAGGCCAAGCAAGCGAUUUGAAGCGAGGCAUAGACAUUUGUAUUGCUACUCCUGGACGUAUUCUUGAUUUUCUUGAAUCUGGUACAACAAACAUGCGUCGUUGUACAUUUUUGGUGCUUGAUGAGGCUGAUCGUAUGUUAGAUAUGGGUUUUGAACCUCAAAUUCGCAAGAUUGUUGGCCAAAUUAGACCCGAUCGACAGUCUUUAAUGUUCUCAGCUACUUGGCCAAAAGAAGUUAGGACUCUUGCUGCCGAUUUUCAGAAUAAUCCUGUCCAUUUACAUGUUGGCUCUUUGGAAUUAGCUGCCAAUCAUAAUAUUCAACAACAUAUUGAGAUUAUUGAUGAGUUUGGAAAACAAGGUCGGCUUUUCCAACUUCUUGAUCAUAUUAUGAGACAGCGAGAAUGCAAAACACUCAUUUUUGUUGAAACUAAACGAAAAGCAGAUGAGAUUACUCGAAAUAUGCGGCGUGAUGGUUGGCCAGCUUUAUGUAUUCACGGUGAUAAAGAGCAAAAAGAACGGGAGUGGGUUCUUGCGGAAUUCAAGGAGGGUAAAACCCCUAUUUUGCUUGCGACUGAUGUCGCUGCUCGUGGAUUGGGUAUGUUCUCUGGGGGCUAA